AAGUCCGGAGUAUUCCUGAAUCGGCACAUCCCAAGAUUGCUGUCGGAGCCCUGUUCUUUGUGAUUGGACUGAUCAUCUUGCUGGCUGGAGUGAUAAUGAGGCUGAAGAAUGCUAAAGCUAUUCUGGACUCCAGCAAUCACGGUCCACGUUUGAUGAGUACAGCUGCAAGUUAACUGUGGAUGUGACCUGAGAGAGUGAAGUGACAUAGUGGAUUAAACAGCUCUAAAAUGCUUCGAAAUUUCCAAUGUGACCACAGCUCACCAUACAUAGGCUGCUUCACCUUGACUUUUGAUUGCUUGUGGUUAAUGUCAUGCAAUGUAUGAGACUUGUACACUGUAACUUUUCUAAUCAUGUUAAAAUGACAUGUAAAACAGAUGUCUAAUGUCACACACUGAUUAACUCCCUCUGCACACCAUCCCCACCCUGACAGGUGAGAUACUGGGGUCAGUGCUUGGAUGUAGGUAGGCUCUCUAACUUUUCUGUUCAUACAGCCUUGUUGUAAAUGUUCUGAAAUCUCCUUUAUUUACUUGAAAAAUGAUCUAUUUUGUAUCUAAACCAUUUUAACGAAAGAAUUGAUUUUAAUAUCCUUUACAUGGACUUUAUCAAACUGAUUGCAUCUGUUAUAUUGAAACUAAGACCAUUUGUACUUGGAUUUGCUGCUGUUUGUCCUUUACUGUCACUCAGCACUCAAUGAAAAGCUUCAACUACUGAUUAAUAAACUUUGGGGCUGUAAA